GACAGCGAUAGGGUCGGGAGGUCGCAGGGCACAGCUAGCCCCUCACAACAGAUCGCAGUCGAUGCGUUGACCGCUCCGUCGAUCUCGACACGGAAGCCGGUAUCGGGCCGGCCGGUGCACUCUCAGUACAAAAGACACUUGUGAUAUUUUUCUAGUAUAAGUUCCGGGGCGGAUCGCUCUCGUCUCUCGUUUUGUAAAAGUGUACAAUAUAAGUAAAAAUUUGGAAAACAUGGAGAUCCUGCCCGUCACCAGCCAGUUUAACGUCGGAUUCAGUGGUGAAAAAGCAUGGACGCCAACCUGGCGGGAAGCGUCGCCGGCGCCCACGGAGGCGGCGCUGGCGGGGCGGCUGGAGCGCGAGCUGAGGGCCGCCAAGGGCGCCAGCGCGCUAGCGGACGCCGAGGUGCUGGUGCCGGCGGAGCUGCUGGCGCGGGCGGCGCGGCAGGCGCUGGCGCUGGCGGAGGGGGAGCCGUGCGGGGCGCGGGGUGCGGCGGUCAUCGUCGACGUCGCCGGCCGCCGCCUCGCCGCGUUCAAGGUGGACCCCAGCACGCUCACCACGCACGAGAUACACCUUCAUCUAGACCACGACGCCACCAACUGGACCAGCCUGCUGCCGCAGUUCUUAAAAAAUUUAACGCGAGGCGGCACCAUCAUCAUCAGCCCCCAGUUCACGAUAGAAAAGAAAAAGUUGUUCCGGAGCCAGACGGAGUGAGCGAGCGAGUGAUAAGAGUCGACUGAUUGCCCUCCUCGAUCUACGUAUCGUUAUUUUAACAAAUAUCAAUAUUAUUAUAUGUAUAUUAAUUAUAUUAUAUUUUUAAUAAGAGAAAAAAAGCACAGCGUGAUAUCUAAGUAUAGAUGUAAUAUAAGCGCCGCCGCGCCCGCGGGCCGCCGUAGUGUUGGGCCGCGCCGUGUCGGCGUCGGCGACGGCGGCGGCGGGCGCGGCGCGUGCGGCGGCGAGCGGCGGCGGGCACCGAUCUCCCCCCUCACCCGCCGGCACCGCCCCGCGCCCGCCCCGCGCGUCGCCCUUGUUCUAUGGGGUGUGAUGAGUGGUUGUGGUGUUGAGUGGCGCGGCGACAUUCGGUGCGCACCGUGAUCUCAUCUGUCGCCGCGUGUGUGAUAUGCCCAGAACGAUUAGUGUUACGUGUUCUCUGUUUCGAGUUCUAUUCUCGAGUUGCGUAGAUGGUGUAAUACUUGUAUGUAAUUGUAUUUAUUAGAGGCGACCCCGCGGGGUCGGAUACGUGUUUUUUGUAAUUGUACUAGUUCGUACGUUUGUUUGUGAUACUACUAUAAAAAAGUUUUAAGAGAUGUAUACUUUAUCUAGAGCGCAUGAGUCGAGACGGCCGCGCGAGCGGAGGCAAUAAGAUGGGCCGAAAGAGAUCUCAGGUUAUAUUAUUAUAGUUGUAAUGAGUAUUAAGUUAUUUAAGUUAAUAUAAAAGAGUAAUUUUGUAAGAUUGUUUUUAUCGGCGCGAAAUCCCGCGCCCGUAGUCCAGUGGGUGAUAAGAUUUUGUACUAACUGUACCUCGACGGGACGUCGUCUCGUUCGAGUCUUAUACGUUCUCUUUAUCCAGUGUAAAGUACAUUCGAAAUGUUACUGCAACCGUUUUAAAUGGAAAUAUAAUAUGUGUCCGUAGGGUCCAGUGUUCUAAACGCACAAUAUUACUAGCAUUAGCUCACUCUCGUCGGAAAUGAUUUUAACUGUAAACUUUUCUAACUAAAAUGUCGACUUAAAAAACUAACAAUAAAUGUAUCAAUUUAUAAUUGAUAUUUAUUUCAUAGGCAGUAAAAAAUUGUAGAAAUUAUAAAAAAAUACAUAGUUUCAAAUAAUGGA